AUGGCCAACAGCUCCACUUCCUCAGUUAACACCCCCAUAUUAGAGAGCUCGUCGAGGUGCCUGACAGAGUGCGUCACCACCGCCCAUAACUUUGAGGUGAUCAGAUUCUCAAAGCUCGAAGGUAUGGGUGCCGGCAAGUUCAUUAACUCAAGCACAUUCAGUGUCAGCGGCUACGACUGGAACAAAGCUGCUCACUUGUCAGUCUUCUUGUGCUUCUGUAGCGGGGCAACUGGUGUGAAGGUGGAAUACACUUUGAGUUUAUUGGAGAAAGAUGGAAGAGUUAGUCAGACAGCAAGCAUACCAUAUACCUUCCAGAAUGUAGGUGGUUAUUGGGGCCGUGAUAAGUUUAUUGAGAAGUCCAAGCUGAAGGAACUGUUAUCCCGCAAUGGUGACUGCUUCACAAUCAGGUGUGUUUUAACUGUGAUGAAAGAGCCUCGCACGGAAGAUCUAGGCACGGUCAUAGUCCCAGUCCCGCAGUCAGACAUGCACACACAUUUUGCAAGCAUGUUGAAGGACGGGGAAGGCGUGGAUGUGACGUUCAGUGUCGGCUGCCAACUGUUCAGUGCACACAGAUGUGUGUUAGCAGCAAGAUCCUCAGUCUUCAAGGCCGAGCUCUUUGGUCAAAUGAAGGAGACCACCAUGAAAAGCAUCAAGAUCGAUGACAUGGAGCCAGCCAUCUUCGAGGCACUUCUUCACUUCAUAUACACAGAUUCACUCUCCAGCGAUGUUGAUCGAAUUGUGGCAUUGCAGCACUUGUUUGUUGCCGCAGAUCGGUGUGGAAUGGACAGGCUAAAGGCUAUUUGUGAAGGGAAGCUAUGCCAUAGAAUUGAUGUGCAAACAGUUGCAACCACCCUUACUUUAGCGGAGCAGCACCACACCGUGCAUCUAAAAAAUGCUUGUCUUAGAUACCUUUCUUCAGAGGGCGUGCUUCGAGCUGUCAAGGAGACUGAUGGAUUCAAGCACCUCACAACGAGCUGCCCGUCCAUUAUGAUUGACAUUUUAGACAAGGUCGACCCACCAUCACGAGUAUGA